CCGGUUCCGCCAUUUGAAAAAAAACGUUCGUAACUGCUCAGCUGAACCCGAAGCUUGAUGAAGAAGGCCGUCAAUAUUUCAACAAAAACUAACAGAAUAUGGAUCAGAUUCGGACAACGACUUCUUAAGACAUUCACACAACAGGCUAAACAAUUCAAAGAGGGAUCUCUGGAUGAUCGAGCAGCAAGUCCAGCAUUAUGUGGGAAAGAUACUACAGGUGUACACAGAAAAGGCCAUGUUCUUGUACAAGACACGGUUGGAGUUCAUAAAAGAUUAAGCUGCCUCGUGCUAUACAGACUUGGAUAAAAACAAGCUGUCCAAUGAAUGGUGACUACUCAAGAGGAGCCAGAAAGUCAACUAAAGCCAGGGUAUUUUGGGAGUUGAUAUGGCCGGGGAAGGGGGGAGGGGGGGUUUCCAGGCCCCCCCCCCUUCCUUGAGAUCUUGACCGCACAAUCGCGUCUAACAUUGGCACAUGGGUUGUCUAGGGCAUAAUUUACAAAAUUAAAUUGUAAAUUAUUUCACGCAAAUUGUUAGUAAGUGAUAAUACUAAUUUAUGCGUAAUUAGAAUACAAAAUCAUACUUUUUCCUCUAUUGCAUUGACUUUGUACACAAAAUCACGUUUUUGAGCAAUUUUUGGUAUGACAUGUACUUACAUAAUGUCACGUUAUUACAGAACCACGUACCGGGUGACACAAGAUUGGUCUCAAAAGAUGCACAAGACUAGAAAGAGGCAUGUUUUAAAAAAAUUGUGCGACAGCAUGGUCGCAAAAUUUUUGGAAGGGGGGGGGUCAAAUUGGUCCAAUUUAACUAAGGGUUAAUAACUGGGAGGCUGUUAGCUGCCUUUUUACUUUCAAGUCUUGCACAUCUUUUGAGACCAAAUUUGUGAUGCCUGGGUACGCUGUUCCGAAAUUUCGCAACAUUUUUAUGUAUUAAUCCAACACAAAUACUGUUUCUUGCUAAAAAUUCACAAUUAGUAUACCAGUAAUAUACAUUUAUCAAGUCAAAUUAUUUAAUUACAUUUAUAAUCAUAAAAGCUUUGAUAAAGUAUAAAAAAAAACAAAGAGUUGUAUGUAGGCCUGGGACUUUCGGGUUUUUUCUCUUCGGGUACCCGUGGUAAUUUUCGGGUGGGUACCUGAAAAUCAUGUCACUUGAAAUAUGACUGGUGGAAAAACCCCAUAGGUGACGUCAUCAAGCCAAUGCGAUGCAAGCCAAUUUAUGAAUGAAAAUAUAGUAAGCAUGCGCAUUGCAAGCCUCCCGUGCCCCACGCAGUAUUCCAUCGAAACAAGUUUCAAUACUCUGUCACCUCGUACCAAAAUCGACCUAGAAUUCCACUUUCCUAUAUAUCAUAUGAAUUAUAAAAGGUUUUCUCACCGAUACUGCACAGGUAAGCAAAUUUUUAUUCUUGCUUUUCCGUCAAAAUCUUACGAAGUAGCAUCGAUAUUACAUCGUGUUCGUGAGUUUGUAUCGCUACGUGAACAAAGUCAAUUGAUUUCCGGGUUUCGGAGCGUCAAAUGCGCCAGCCAAUCACGAUCGUGUUCCCAUUUUCGGUUUAUGAUGAACUAAAAAUGGUAACAAGAACGUGAUUGGCUGGUGCUUCGUAGGUCGAUUUUGGUAUGAGGUGACAGAGUAUUGCAGACUUGUUUUGACGUAAUACUGCGUGGGGCUGAGGCUUGCAAUGCGCAUGCUUACUAUAUUUUCAUUCAUAAAUUGGUUUGCGUCGCAGUGGCUGGAUGACGUCACUGCGCUGCAAAAGAAACAUGGCGAUGAAACAUGGCGAUGAUUGAACGAUCUCGGUCACAUCAUCAUCACUUGAAAACUUGUAUAUUUAUGGAUAUUUAGAGGGUAAUUGGUGAAAUUCAAAAUGAGGCUUGUGUACUUUUGUAAUGAGUUACAAUCAUGUCUUACACUACGCAAUACAAAUCAAAUACAUGUACAUUAUACUGGUGAGCAAUUUUCGGGUAUCGGGUAUUGAUUUUUCUACUCGGGUACCCGGGUUUUAGUCCCAGCCCUAGUUGUAUGAAAAUUUUCAAAAAUAAUGAAAGGUAAAAGAAAACAAGAUUACAAUGUCCAUUGCAAGGGGGCUAGUCUAGCUAUUCAGGAUAAUUGGGAUUUUAUUCAGUUUUUAAUUGACAUAACAUUAUGACAAGAUCCCUCCAUUUAGUGUAUAAACAGCACAUGGCCAUGAUUGAAAUUCAUAUAACAUUAAAGUAUGCAAACCAGGCAGCUACAUGUACAUGUAGGACUCACUGCUUGUCAAUUCUAUUGUCUGCCAGGGUCAAGUGACAUACAGUGCACAUGUAUAACAUGUGUGAAAGUACAUAAGAAAAUCAGCUUUUUAUUUUUGUACUGUAACAUUGGGUGAACUGGUGAUCACUUUGGAUAUGAUGCUCUUCAUAUUGGUUUAUUUUAUGUAUAUGAAUUUUUGGAUAAUCAUUAAGAAUUAAAGCCAUUUACUUAAUAUAUGGAAGCAUAAGCCCAUCAAAGAACAGAAUUAUGUCAUGUACAGCUAAUUCAUUUUGCGUGAUAUUACAAUUACCAUGGAAAUGGAGAAUGAGGGGUCUAUCCCCUUUCUUGAUACAAAGAUUACGAGGACGGCACAGGGAUCCCUAUCCCAUCAGGUUUAUCGGAAACCUACUCACACUGAUCGGUACUUGAACUAUCGUUCAUUCCACCACCCAUCAGUGCUGAGAUCCAUCAACAAGACGUUAGUCAAACGAGCGCAUGAGGUUAGUGACCAGAUCCACCUGAGAGGUGAGCUUGAGCAUAUCAAACGUGUUUUGAAAUGUAACAACUACCCCUCACAUAAGAUCUGCACUGAGCUUCCCCCCUCGCGGAACCCUCGUGCAGAACAACCCAAGGCGAGAGUCGUUCUUCCAUAUCUGGGAGCAGCCUCUCACAAAAUUCAGAGGAUUUUGAGAGAAGCCGACAUUGAGGUUCGUCAUAGUUCCUCAAAUAAGCUUCAAUCUGCCCUCACUACACAUAAGGACAAGCGCAACUCCAAGGACCUCCGUGGAGUUUACCGAAUUCCUUGUGAAUGCGGUAAAGUUUACAUCGGAGAGACGGGUCGUUCCUUCAACACUCGGAUUAAGGAACACAAGGCCCAUGGUAGGAGAGACGAGAGGGAAAAAUCUGCAAUCAUCGAUCAUGCCCAUACGCAUGAUCACCGGAUUCUUUGGGAUGAGAGCAGACUAGUCACCCGUGUCCCCUACUGGCAUCAACGGAGAGUCAGAGAAGCGUUGGAGAUUGAGGAACAUAACACUGUUCCUCAAGACAGCGGCCUCCAACUCAGCAAUAUCUGGCUUACCGUUCUAGACAAAGAGGCUAAUUUGCCUAAUUAGCCUACCCGGACGUUCCACACACGUGUGAGCACUGCAGUGUAUGGGCGGAAGUGGUGACUUUUGUCAUUCAUGCUAAUCCUAGCGGGAAUGAUAACUGACAGCAAUUUCCGGUCGUCGCUGGUUUUGCGCGCCCAAUUUGUGUGUUGUCACCCACGUCCGCAUAUGUGGAUGUCAUGUGACCUAUCUAGCCAAUCAGAGACAUGUACCCUGCGAGAUACCGUGCAUACGGCACUUCGACAGAGUAUAUAAGGCCUGCUUUUACAAACUUUGCUCAUUCUCCUGAGGACGACAAGAACACACUUGUCGAAACGUCGAGAUUGGGUGGUCCUUUUCAGGACCAACAUAUGCCCAAGAAAGAAUACAUGGUGUACCGUGAAACCUACUACACAAUUGUAAUUGUUUACUUGAGCAAGUAAUUUGAAUUGCUGCAUGACCUAAACAAUGACAUGUUCCAAUUCGAAUAGUAACAUGACCUAAAGAAGAGUUACUCCACCUCGAUUGAGAGUGCUUAUGUUAAAUAAUUGAUGUUGCUACUUCAAAUAAUUGAGGUCAAUCAAAUUGGUCAUAAUUAUUCAAGUCAAUUUUGAGCUAUAUGUCAUAAUUAAUUAGGUCAUAUACUAAUUGAAAUUACUAAAUGACUCGAGUAGGUAUGAAUUCACAUUGCCACAUGACCUUAAUUAUUUUAUGUAGCAACAUCAAGUAUUGAACGUCAUUUAGUUAUCAAUUAUGACAUGUAGCAAAUCAAAUUACAUGCCGCAAUUUCGUGUUUAUGAUGGGCUCAUGCUUACAUUCAUAUAUAACCCUUCAAUACGUAGUUGGAGCAAUUCUUAGACAAGAAGACUGUGUAAAAUGAUAUGCCUAUUCAAUGUCAAAAAGGUUAAUGUCUCAAUAGAUUUGAUCUACGUUUUGGCAAAGUAAUCUUAUGUUCAUAUUUUUUCUAACCUAUGGUGAACGUUCUAAAUCAUGUGAAAUUCAUUCAAAAAUAUCUUUCAGUAUUUAUGGACUUAAGUGAAUUCUGAGCAAAAUGAAGUGAUUAUGACUACGUUCAUGUACUUUAAGUUUAUACUGGUGAUCAACACAUCAUAAUUUCAUCCCUUACUGUAUGUGCACCAUGCAUUAUCUGUACAUGCAGAAGUGGUUAUCCAUUGUUUCAUAACAUGGUUGAGUAAAGGAUGUUCUGCUUUUAGUAUUAAGCCAAUCGGGUGUUGACAAGAAGGGGAAAAUGCAAUUGCUCAGCUAUUACAGUUUUUUUUGCAACCAUAAUACUGGUUAAGCCUUGGUUACAUUCGCCGGCUCGUGGCCUUACGUCGAGUCAAAAUUAACAGUCUUAAUCAUCCUUGUACCAGCUACUACCAGCUACACGUGGGUGGUUUGUACAGGAAUACCUAAAACUGCUGAUUUUGUCUCGCCGUAAGGCAACCGGUCAAGGAAUGUGACCAAGGUAUUAAUAAUAAUCGCUUAUUGUUUUGUUAGAGGGAAGGAUUCUGGGUCGAAUCUAGCUUUCUUUAUGUGAUCUCAAAAUGGCAGCAAUGUAUGAAUAGUGAAAGUAGUUCAUGUGGCAUCUCAAUGUUCAUGGAUAUAAAUCUUUGUACAUGUCUUAUCCUAAAGAUGAAAUGUUACUGCAUUAUUCUAGCAGUCAUUUAUGAUAUCAAAGAUGUUCUAUACUGUGCAUAGUACAGCUCAUACAUAAUAAAGGUAUGUGAAUAUGCUUUUAA